ACGUCUGAAGGACUGGUAUGUCUUGUCUGAUUUCUGACUUGUCUGGUGUUUACAUUAUGUGUUACAUUUUUAUGCAAGGAAUUUAAAAUCAAUAACAUAACAAAGUAUAAUCUAGUUGUAUUGAAAAAAAAAUAUAGUAGUUACAGAAAUAUAAAUCGUCAUAAUUUACUAGGUUUAUUUGUGUGAUUUGGGCAAUUGAAUUAACAAAAACGAUGGCUGAUGAUAUUUUGUUCGAGCUGUUACAUUCAGAAAUAAUUAAUUAUUCUUUGGAACAAUCGAAAGACAAUAAAGAAAAAAAGGAUAUGGAUCUUUCAGUAGUUGAAUACAUUGGAUUCGCUGCUGGUUACAAAAUAAUGGAAAGACUGACGAGAGAAUGGCCUCGAUUCAAAGAUGAGUUGGAUACUAUGAAGUUCAUAUGCACUGAUUUCUGGACAUGCAUAUAUAAAAAACAGAUAGACAAUUUGCGCACAAACCAUCAAGGUGUAUAUGUGCUUCAAGACAAUGCAUUCAGAUUCCUCACAAACUUCUCAAAUGGCCAUCAGUAUUUGGAAUAUGCUCCUCGGUAUGUUGCAUACACCUGUGGGCUGAUAAGAGGUGGCCUAGCAAAUCUCUGCAUCAACAGUAUUGUAACUGCUGAAGUACAGGCCAUGCCAUCCUGCAAAUUCCACAUUCAUGUCCAACGCUCAUAGUGGGAUCAAUUUCAUGUUUUUGUAUAUUAUACAUAAUCAAUAAAAUUUAUUAAGUGUU